UGAAAUGCACAAGCGACGGAGGCUGUGGGUGCUAUUGUGUGAGCGCACUGAAUCAGUCGUUUUAACGGUAAUCUCAGCAGCUGCGGGUGUGGAUAUUAUCUGUGAGUUUUAACAGCGGGGAUGUCCAUCUGCUGUGGACUGUGGGAGACAAAGGGGACAAAGGCCUGAGAGCGCGCCGCAUCCCUCGGCUCUCUUGUCGGACGAGGCCCGCCCAUACUCCAGAGCAUCUCUAGGAAACCGGGCUACGGCGCAUUAGUUCCACGGAUGCAUGGAGGCUACUGAUGCCGGGUUCAGAGGAUGAGACGUGGACGUGGAUCCCUGUUCAGGAGCAGAUGGACUGACUUUGACAAUCGUUGCGUUAUUUUAUCACCUCCAUCAUCGCGCCUAUUGAGAAAUACCUGUAAAGUAUAACACGGUCCACCCACUUCUCAUCACACACGACCUAUCAUGGAUUUUCCAGGUCAUUUCCAGCACAUUUUCCAGCAGCUCAACCACCAGCGGCUCCAUGCUCAGCUGUGUGAUUGUGUGGUGGUGGUGGGAGGUCAGAGUUUCCAGGCUCAUCGCUCCAUCUUAGCCGCCUGCAGCUCUCACUUCAGGGCACUUCUGAGCUCCAGUGACAGUACUGAUGAGAGUGGAGGCCCAGCACAUGAGAAGAGUGGGAGUGGAGGCCCCAGCGUCAUGAAGUUAGAUCCUGAAGUGGUGACUCCUGAGGCCUUCUCCACCCUGCUGGAUAUGAUUUACACCUCCACCCUGUCUCUCGGCUGCUCAAAUGUGAUGGAUGUCCUGUUGGCAGCCUCACACCUGCACCUUAACUAUGUGGUCAAAGCCUGCAAGCUGCACCUGUCCAGGAAAAACUUCCCCGCAUCGCCUCCUAAAGGAUGGAGAUCAGUGCAGCAGCAGCAGUGUGCAUCCUCCCAGAGGAGGCCGGCCAUGCUUCAACAUGUCACAUCUGUGUUGGAGGAUGAUGAUGAUGAUGAUGAUGAUGAAGCAGUAGUGGAGGUGAGCCAGUCUGGUGGAGUUGAAGAGGAGUGGGUGAGGAGGAGAGCCACAGGUGAGCAGGGUGGAGAACUGUCCUUCAGAUGCAAGCGAAAGUUGCAAGAGGAAAGGCUUGGUGGCAGGAAAAGGUCUUGCAGGCUGUUUGGAGAAAUGUUUAAGGAAUGUUCUCCUACUGUGAGCAGGAGCGCUGUCAGUACUGAGGAGGGAGGAGAGGAGCUACUUUCUCCAGACAGCCUGAAGAUGCCUGAUGGUCUCUGGGAGAGUCCAGGUGGUGAGGAUGAGGUUGAGAAGAAGUAUGAAGCAACCAAGGCAGAGUCUGAGGAGAUUCAGUUGCCCAGCCAAUCAGACAGCAGCUCAGGAGGAUUGAAUGAUUGGGAAAAAGAUGAAACUAAAAACAAAGAAGCUGUAAUAAAAGUGAAGGUUGGAGAAGAAGGUGAGGAAGAAGAGUCAAAGAUUAAAAUGAUUGAGGUGAAAAAGGAAAAUCUGAGCUCAUUCUCUCCAGAACUGGACCCUGUUCCAAAUGACUGUCCUCCAUGUCUUCCACAAGACCCCACAACCCAUUUAGAUGCACAAUUAAAUGAUGUUAAAAUGACCAUAAACGGUCCCCCAGAUGCAGAUGUUAAUGCUUUACCAUCCCAGUUGUGCACAGAUCUUCAGACUGAUGCAGAAAAAGAAAGCGGAGAUAUGGGGGAUGACCCGGUCGACGGGGACGGCCUCGACAGCCUGUCAGAGCUGGCCUUUUCUUGUUUUCUUAAUCCCACUGCUGAUAGUGUCAUAGGAGCUCUUGAAGAGGAGGACAGCCUCGCUAACCUCACCGCUGCUGCUGCUGCAGCUGCUGCAGCCAGUGAUGCUCCUGCAACACUUGAAAAUGUGGAUGAACUGUGUCAAAACACGGAAAAAACAAACACAACAGAAUCCUCCUCUCUUGUUUUUCCUGUAACCUCUGUUCCUCUGCAGCCGCUUCUCCCAACUCAGGGCCCUGGUUUCAGUGACACACUCAUCCUCCAGCCCACACAGAACUCUUUGGCAGGAUUUCUCAGCGGCAUCAGACAUGGGUUAAGUCUGGGGCCCUCCCUCAUUCAGCCCUCCAAUGCUGGGAAAAGUAGAGGAGGUGGAAGCUCAGGGGCGACAAACUUCCGUCGCAUUGCCCCCAAAAUACCACCUGGAUCUGAAGCCAGCGCAGAUCCAUCAUCUUCUUCUGGAUCAGGAGGAGAUGGAGUGGAACAUCCACCUCUGACCAGAGCUUCAGAGGACGUUCUGUCCAAGUGCAAGAAAGCAGCUGCUGAAGACCUUGUGCUGUUGGUGGAAGGUGAGAAGAAGUACGCCUGCAAAAUCUGCUGCAAGACCUUCAUGAACCUGACUGACUGUAAGAAACAUAUUCGUGUCCACACAGGAGAAAAGCCCUAUCCAUGCCCCAAGUGUGGCAAACGCUUCAGCCAGUCCUCACAUCUGUAUAAACACUCAAAGAAUACCUGUCUAAACUGGAAAGAUGAUCAGGCUUUCUCAGAUACCCUACUUACCUAACCAGAGUUUGUCCAAACUCACAAAUUUUGAAAAAAAAAAAAAAAAAAAUGCACUCUGUACAUGUAUUUAUCACCCAAAUCAACUUUUGUUUUUAUUGUUACCUGAAAUCAAAGUUGGUUUGCUUAUGUAAAUUGUAAACCAUCUUUAUGGUUUUAUUUUCCAACCAUGAUUUUACUUUUAAAUGAGAUGAGAACAGACAUAACAUGUAACAUGCGGCACAAAACUUUCAAGACACAUGAUAAUAAAUAGCAAAUUUAACUUCUUACUGCGGAUAAAUCUCAUUUUUGAGCACAAGCAACUUGUAAGAGUUUUUUCAAAAACAACCAAACAAAAAAACAGUGUGACUUCUCAGAGGCUGGAGUGUUUUAUUGUUUUGCAACAGUACAAAAAUGCAGAUCAAGUAUUAAUAUGGAAACCUUUCUGGCAACUAUCACAUUUAGCAGGAGAAAAAAAUAGUGCAGGAAAUUUCUGUUUGUUAGAUGCAAUCCACAGAACAUUUAACACUUGUAGAUUUUAGUAAGAACUUGGGAGGGUUUUAGUUUAUUCAUUUGCUACUUACAAUUAUUUUCCUGA